AUGAAAGAUUUGGGUUAUAGGCAAAGUCAAGGUGAUCACACGUUGUUCUUCAAACAUUCGGCCUCAGGGGGAGUGACUGCCUUGCUUGUGUAUGUUGAUGAUAUCAUCGUAACGGGGAAUGAUGAGAAGGAGAAAGAUGACUUGAAGAGAAGACUGAUUCAGGAAUUUGAGAUAAAAGAACUUGGGAGAUUGAAGUAUUUUCUUGGGAUUGAGGUGGCAUACUCUAGACAAGACAUCUUUGUAUCCCAAUGGAAGUAUGUGACUGAUCUUUUAAUAGAAACUGGAAAGGCUGAUUGUAAACCGGCUGCCACUCCUAUGGACUCAAACCAGAAAUUAAGUGAAGGAAGAGAGGAACCACCAGUGGACAAGGGAAUGUAUCAAAGGCCAGUUGGGAGACUCAUAUAUCUCACACACACUCGGCCUGAUAUAGCUUACUCAGUGAGUGUGAUCAGCCAAUUUAUGCACGAUCCGAGGGAGCCUCACCUUCAAGCUGCACAUAGAAUACUGCACUACUUGAAGGGCAGUCCCGAAAAAGGGAUCUUGUUCAAAAGGAACUCUGUUUUGACGUUAGAAGCAUAUACAGAUGCAGAUUAUGCAGGUUCUAUAGUGGAUAGAAGAUCAACAAUUGGCUAUUGUACAUUUCUUGGUGAUGAUUUGAGAGUCAAGUGGGAGGAACCUAUGAAGUUCUACUGCGACAACAAGUCAGCAAUCAACAUCGCUCACAAUCCUAUUCAACAUGAUAGGACAAAACAUAUUGAGAUUGAUAGACACUUCAUCAAAGAGAAGUUGGAAGAAUGA